CCUCUUCACGGGAAAUCCCUGACCGAAACAUAAUGGUUUUGCCUUCGGUUAUGACCUUCUUAGACACGGCACUUUAAAUCGAUUAUGGUACUCUACAAUUGAUAUGUAAUUCGGUGUAUGAUUACUAUAGAUGUGCCACUAGCCUAUUUAGACCAUGUUUAGACAUGUGAAAGCACUGGACGUUCAUUUAUACACACAGGGUGGAUUAGUUUUCUGCGUUGGUUUUGCCAUCCAAUUAUAAACAUGACUGAAUGAUAAUCAGUUAUAAAACUCAUAUCAUCAAAACUAGAAAUAAUCUCUUUCACUUUGGUUAAGAGAUCUACCAUCGACAAUGGAAACUUCCUCUGCAUAUGACACAUUACCAAGUGGUAAUAACUGGACUGUUGUCAGUGGUUCACCGUACACGGAUGUACUAACAACUUACCAUCAGGAAUCGGCUUCUGUGGCAAGGAAGUACAUGGAAAAUAUGUCUAGCAUACUAUACGCAAUAGCUGGAGCUGUGGUAGUGCUCUGCAUUCUGAUACAUGGAUGUCUAUUCUAUCGAAGAUGGAGACUCAAGCGAGUGAGGGCGUCUGUGACAGGCAGCCCAGAAAGAGGCUGGAGCUGGUUUAAAACUCCUGGUAAAGCGACUUACUGGUCUAAAACUCCUGGUAAAGCGACAAACUUUGAAUCUUCCACCAUGGACGCCAUUGAUAUUGAGUUAGGAGACCACAAGGACUUAGUCUCUUCUGAUUCGUCCAGAAUCCACCUGGCAAAAUCCUCUCCCUCCUCUUCACUGCUUGAUCAAGACUUGAACGAGAGGAGAAGGUCAUCAACUAGGAUCAGGGUGCUUCCUGCCCUGGCCUUAUCAAGGAGCUCUAGUGCGGCGUCGGGUCAACCCGAGAAUGGUCCAGACGAGGGAGAUAGCGAGGAUGGGCUAUCUUCCAAUUUCAGCAAAAGUCUUACGAUGGAUGCUGUGGAGAAAAAUGAAACCUCAAAGUGUACCUCUGAUGUGACAGCAUCCCCAGGUAACGAGCCAUGUUCCGAAUACGAGCUCUUACAAUGUGGGACUGCCGGAACACCGAACGAACAAGACACUAAACCUGACACGAUUUGCAAACCAAACACCAUCCCCACAAUACUCCAAACCCAACCCAGCGAAGAACAUACCGAAUACCAACUUUUGAACGCUGGCGUUCAAACGAGGACGAACAUUAAAAAACAUCCAAAGGAUCUAUUUAAAAGAAGGUCUUACAGUUUCGACAACGUUCCGGUUUUAGGGGCGGGUGGCUAUGCCGAGCUAAAGCAAACUAUUUCGGCUACCUUGAAGCCAGGACGUGGACGGAGCGCGAGUGAAAGCCAAGGACAUUCCCCUAAAAGUCAGAAAAAUAAAGUCAGCUUCGAUGAUACGUCUUUGUCCGGAACUUCAAACGCAGACCCUACGUAUUUUACACUUGUUCCUGAUUCGGAGCAGGAGCCGAAUCAUUCGAAGCAGGAGCCGAAUCAUGAUAAGAGGUAUCGGACACUUCCACCCAUAAAAACCAACAUUACAAAAACUGACGAGUCCUCCGGCAAGCGGAAAUUGGGUCUCAGUUCCUUUAAGUUCUCCAGGAAGAGUAAAACAUCGGACAAGAAGAAGACUAAGACCCCACCCAGUUCCCCUGCACGGAAAACCAACCCGGAAACCUCAUCCGCGAUCUAUGAAGAACCAGAGUUCAUUGAGGAACCAAACCCAGCCACUUGUCCUGUUUACUUUAGUCUUGAGCAGCCAGAGAAGAGUGCCAUUGGGAAAUGUCAGGAGAACAUUCUCUCAAAGGAUUCCAAAACCGGAACUAAAUCAUUACUCUUCAAAAACUCUCCCAAAAAUCACAAAAAGAGCAAAGGCACCAGGAAUAUCAUUUCAUAUAAGAAGAAUCCUGAUAAUGAAAACUCCAAGAGUGCUGAUGACGGUUACGAAGAUUUGGAAGCUUCUGCAGAAAGUUCAAAAGUAGAUGAUUCACCUGUUUAUGAUACACUCGAGCCCGGACCUGUUGCACCCCCUGUUCCGUCAAACAAGAACAGCGGCCCAGUUAUAGGGAGAACUACCACCGGGGCGCCGCUGAGACAAUUCAAGCCGGCAAACAGAGAGCUACCCAAAAGACCUUCUCAGAACGUCUAUGACUGCAUCGAGCGAGGAGCCUUCCCAUCGCCAGGGUCCAACCAAAGAUCGCAAACCCUUCUACCCACGACAAGACGAGGGUCCAGCCCGUCUUCCCAGAGGUUUAAUCAAACACCUUCAACAGCCUAUGAUUCUCUUUGCCCCUCUACUCUGCCAGAGCAACUCAAAGCAGCUACCUUAAGGCGUGGCUCAUCUCCAGAGCCAGCCAGAAGCCAACCAGACGCAGUCUACGACCUUCUGGAUCCAGAAACCUUCUCUCAACAGGCCUCAGAUGGUUCCGCAAAGAAGCUUGCACUGCGUCCUGGAGUAGGUCCAAAACCGAAAUCAUUACGGCUUCAAAGGAACACCAGCCUAACCUAUGACACCUUACACGAGGAGUUACAGAUCAGACGGGGCUCUCUGGGAACUAGACCUGCAAUCAACACCAGCCCGAAACCUCUAAUAAGAACUAGCUCCUUGUCAAAAAUACAAAGAGGGCGCCCUGAUAUCUCCCCCAAACCAUCACCUCGAGGACAAGACUCGGUGAGCACAAAACCAGUGGUUCCAAAGAAACCCACUAUAAACGGAAACACAAAUGGCGAAGACCCUGUGUAUUUCACGCUGAAUGCAGACGCUAGCUCCGAGCCUAUUUAGCUGAUAUUUUGUACUAUAAUUUUGCAAAAGUAAAAUCAAGAACAGACUCACAUAUUCGUAUAUAACUUGUUGUUUUUAGUCGACCCUUUCCAAAGAGAUUGUAACAUAUUUGUUUAAAUGACUAAAAACAUAAUUCCGCACUAAUAGACGGAGAACGUUCGAAUGCUCGCGAGACUUGCCCAGUCUAAGUGGCUAUGCUGGGUGUGUAAAAUCAAACAGAGUAAUUUGUAUACGAGACACCCGACCUCCUUGUACCUUACGACUACAAGUUUAAAGGCAAUCUCUACUGAUUCUGACUAAACUAAAAUUGACCUUGUGUUGUAUAUAACAAUGAAAUAAGAUCCACAAUUAGUGAUUGUUUACACUAAUAGAGGCCUCAUUGAAGAAGGCUGUCUUUUUCAUACCCAGAAAUAUUAUUUAUCAUGACACAAUAU